GUUUUCAGUUUUUAAAAAUGGCGUUGCUCACGAGGAGGUGCGUUGCGUUUCAUGUCUGGCGAAAAUAUUUACCCCAAAUGCCAAAUAUUCUUCAAACAACCUCGCGAGAUGCUUCGCAAAAUAUAGCUGGAGAGUUACCAGAUUAUGAAACUGUUUACAAAUUUUCCUUAAUCCGUGAGGCAAGCACCUGGAAUCGAGUAAAACUGCAACAGUCUAUUCUAGGUGGGCUUUGUAUACCUGGAUCUUUUAUACUUACCGGUGUAAAUAUUAUUUCUGAAGAUAUUUUUGCUAGUAUAUUAUUUAUUGCAAUUGCAAGUAACUUAUUAAUGCAUUCAGUGGGAUAUUGUUGCAAUAAUAUAAUAGGAUUUGUUUACCUGCAUAAGAAUAAUAAGGAUGUGGUACUUGCUUAUAGUAAUUAUUGGGGAAGAAGACGGGACUUGUACAUUGAAGUAGCAGAUAUUGUUCCUUUUUCUAGCAUACCACCUUCUAUCACAGAUCCGUUAUACAAAAAAGUGUAUUUUUACCCUUCAAAGGAAAUUUUAAAGAUUAAUCUUACAAAAUCAGAAAUUUUUGAUGAUGAUAAAAUGAAUCAUGUUUUUGGAGGUAUUGAAAUAGUAAAGAAAUGAUCUUUACUAAUGUGCAUAAUUCUAAUCGUAUAAGUAAAAAAAUAAUUUGUUACAUAAGAUAGGUAUUAUU